AGCUGCAUCUUCUGACGGUCCAAUGGAACCCGACACGAUGGGGCCACAACCGACCACGGGCGAAGCAGGAGAGGAGUACAGGGCAUCGCCCGAUCGAGCACUGAGGGAUCUGAAGGAACGAAUUAGGCAAGAAGCAUCGCUGAGAUGGGGCGACCAAACCAAUGACGGAGGACCCGACAUGAGAGGCGAACCCGUUGCGACAGAGCUGCAGGAGGCUCUAAAGACGGGUACCUCGAGCGGACGACGAGAAGCGACGAGGCGGCGCUCCCCCGAGUACGAGCAGAGGAGGGACACCAUAGCGGACAGGUCGCGCGGACGGUUUGAGCGCGGUGGAGAUGCGAGAGAGCAGCGCGACGAGUUGCGGGGAUGGUACAACCGAGGGGACCGACGCGAUGAGUCACGAGGACGAUAUAACUCGGGGGACCGCCGGGAUGAUUCGCGAGGGCGAUAUAACCAAGGAGGGUCUGGAGGAGACCGGCGCAACGAUUCGCGCAUUCGGAAUGAGAGAGGGGGAUACGGUGUCUCAUCAGAACAAUAUCCAAAGUUGCCUGACUCCAACGCGGCCAGGAAUUCGAUGUUUAAAGGCGCAGACGACAAGGCGUCUACUCCCAGGAACUCAUGCGUCUAUUGUAGAGGAGAAGAUCAUAUCAAGAGGGAUUGCCCGGACCUCAAACGGGCAAUAGAAGAGGGACUUGUCGUGCUUGACGACCGCAAGUACGUCAAGUGGGCAGAUGAUCUCGGAGAUGUAUCGAUGUUCCCUUCGAUGAAGGAGAAUGUYGAAGCAAGGAGAAUAAAGACGAGUAAAGGAAUGAAGCCGGUCAGGAGCCAGAGCAUCAAGAUAACCUUUGAGGGGGACAUGACGACUACACCCAUAAGGGUGGCAGCCACCAAGUUGGCGAGAGGGUCUACAUCAAAGAAAUAUGACAUGGAUUACGUGAUGGCGGAGAAGGACGGGCAGCGGGUCGAUGGAGAGGAGGUUAUCCUUUCGCCGCGGAAGCGGGGAGUUAAGAAGUUCUUAAUGAAGAGUUCGCUGGACGAGAUUGACACGGUCGAGCCACUGAAGCGGGCCCUUUGGCAACCCAUGCAGUGCUCUAUUCUGGAGUACCUGGCGGCAUCGAAGCCAGCUCGUGAUGAGUUACAGAUGAUCACGAGGAAGACCCGCAUACCUCUAUCGGAGGAGGGUCAGGGGGCCCCUAAGGCGGAAGCUUCUACAGUAACAGUAACUGGGAUGACUGCCAGAGCGGAUCGCAUGGCGACAGUCCUUCUGGAUGGAAUGGAAGGUGUGCCUCCAGACAAGUUUUAUAUACUUGGUAGCGGGGCCGUGGAGACGAUUAUAAACGAGGAUGCGGUACUCGAUGCUGUGAUUGAUAACGGCAGUGAGGCUGUUAUCAUAGACGAGGACCUUGCGGUACAAGUUGGACUGGGCCUCGAUAGGUCAUACCUAUUCGAGAUAGAGACGGAUGAUGGCAGAAAGCAACAAAUCACUGGGUUUGUCACAAGGCAGCCAUAGAGGUCCAAGGGGUGCAAGUAACCCUGCCUGUCUUUGCAGUCAAGAACUGCAACUCCGACCUG